AUGAAUCUUAUUACAUUUACAUAUAAACAAAUAAUUUUCUAUCUAAUCUAUUUAUUCUAUUGGAUUAUUCAUCUUUUUACAUUUUAUCAUUGUUUUCAAUAUUUCAAUGAUUUACCAGAAAUUAAAAUUUAUGAAAAUUUAACCAUUGGUCAAGUCAUUAUAAAAGAUAUACGUUCAUUACUUGGUGUAUCUAAAUCAAAUUAUAUUCAAUUAAGUCCAAGUUCAUUAACACAAUUUUUUCGUUUAGAUAAUAUCACUGGUAAUAUAUAUAGUAUAUCAUCCAUUGAUUUAGAAACAAGUAAUUUAUGUAAUAUGGAAAAAUCAUGUUGUCAUAAUUAUCAAUAUGAACAAUUAUCUAAUGAUUUAAUGAAUAAUCAAUAUUCUAUCAAUCAGUUAAAUGAUAAUGAUGAUGAUACAGAAGAAUUAUCUAAUGAUUUGAACCAUAUCAUUGAUAAUCAUGUAUUAAAACAAAAAUAUCAAUGUAAAUUAACAACGUUUAUAUUAGCUUCAACAGAUCAUGAUAUGCGAAUUUCACCAAUUAGUAAAUUGCAUAUCAAUAUUAUUGAUUUAAAUGAUAAUCCACCACAAUUUAAUAUAGUUUCAGAUGAUUCAAUGAAUUCACAAUCAAAUUUAAUAUAUUUAUCAUUUUUAGAAGGUUCAUUAGGUGUUCAUACAAAACAUGAUUUACCAAGAGCAUUUGAUGCAGAUGUUUCACCAAUAAAUCGUGUCAAAAAUUAUUUGAUUGAAUGGGAUGAAAUAAUUCAUAAUUCACAUCAAUCUUCAUCUUUAUCUACAAUGACAUAUACAAAUGAUCAAAUAUGGUCGAAACUUGGACCAUUUCGACUAAUCUAUACAAAGUCGAUAGAAAAUUUAGUCAUUCAACUUGAUGAAGAAUUAGAUCGUGAAAAACAAUCCAUUUAUAAACUACGUUUAAUUGCUCAAGAUGGUGGAGAUUUACGUGGAUCCAUACAAUUAAUUAUUGAAGUAGAUGAUGUCAAUGAAUUUCCACCAAUUUUUGUCGAUUCAAAUGAUGUUAAUAAAUUGAAAGAUCCCCAUCUAUAUUCAUUAUAUACUAAUCAAGAAAUUUAUAAAAAACAAUAUAGAAUAAAAGAAUCAUUAGAUAUAGGUAGUCGUAUUGGACAAUUAAAAGCGAUUGAUUAUGAUUUAUUAAUGUCUAAUGAAACAAUUAAUCAAAUUACAUAUCAUUUUAGUUCAAAUCAAUUGAAUUGGGAUGUAACACAUAUUUUUCAUUUAGAUUCACAAUCUGGUAUUUUAACUUUAAAACAAUCAUUAGAUUAUGAAAAGGUUAAAAAUUAUCGUUUAACUAUCAUAGCAAAAGAUGGUCCAAUCAAAGAGAAAGAAAUAGAUACUUCGAAAUCAUUAUACCGUCCAAUAACAUCAACAAUGAAGAAAUCAUCACAAAUCAUUUAUUCUUCUACAGCUUUAAUUGAUAUUAUUGUUCUUGAUGUCAAUGAUAAUUCACCAAUUAUCUUAUUUGAAAAUGAUCAUAUACUAGAGAAUAAAUAUAAGAAUAUAACCAAUUUAAAUCAUGCCUUAGUUACAAUGAAUAAACCAUAUGAAAUAUGGAUUAAAGAAAAUAUACCUAAAUAUACACCAAUUGUAUUUUUUAAUGUCAUUGAUUAUGAUACCGGACAAAAUAGUCGUAUAUCAUGUCAAUUAUUAAAUUUUACAGAACUAUUUCAUAUACAUCAAUUAGCUGAUUUAUAUAGAAUUGAAACUAAAUCAUUAUUAGAUCGUGAAUUUAUGGAUCAAUAUACUGUUAUCAUCAAAUGUAAUGAUAUGGGUGAACCAAUGUUAUAUAAUACAAAAGCUUUAAUUAUUCAUUUAAUCGAUGUAAAUGAUACACCACCUAGUUUCCCAUUAAAUAUUUAUCAUUAUCAUGUAUUAGAAAAUAGUUAUCCUGGUACACCAGUUCAACCAAUUAAUAAUCGAUAUCCAAUCAUGAAUUUAGCUAUAGAUCCUGAUUUGAAUAGUACAUUGAUUUAUCAUUUAGAAUCAAUCGAUAUAUUAAAUAAUCAAUCAAAUCAUCAUCAUAAUAAUAAAGAUAAUGAUUUCAUUCAAUCAUCAUCAUCAUCAUCAUUAUUAGAUUAUCAAUUAUUUUCAAUUAAUCCAAUCAAUGGUCAAAUAUUUACAAAAGGUGAAUUAGAUCGUGAAAAAAAAUCAUCUUUAAAAUUAUCUCUAUGUGUUCAUGAUCAAUUACAUUUAACUUGUACAAAAAUUUUAAUUGAUUUAGAUGAUAUCAAUGAUAAUCCACCACAAUUUGAGCAUAAUCAUUAUAUUAUACAUUUAGAUGAAAAUAAAUUAUAUACUAAACCAAUUAUUAUAUUUAUUGUAUCUGAUUUAGAUUCAAAUAAUAAAGGUUUUAAAUUUAAUAUGCUAUUUGAUUCAUUAAAUAAACCGCCACAAAUCGUUUCAAAAAAACAACAAAAUAAUAAUUCAUUAAAACAAUCAAAUGAUAUUGAACAUUUAAAUGUUUCACAAUUUGAUCAAUCAACAAAUGAUCAUAAAAAUUUGAUUCAAAAAUAUUUUCUAUUAAAAGAGAAUGAAUUAUAUUUACAAAAUGUAUUAGAUAGAGAAGAAUGUGCAAAUUAUCAUUUUUAUAUACAAGUACAAGAUAUACAUUAUGAAUUAUAUAAUAAUAAUCAUACACAAUAUAGUUUAAUAAGUCAAACAGAAAUCUUUAUACAUAUUAAUGAUAUUAAUGAUAAUAAACCAAUAUUUCUAUUUCCUAAUAUAACAACAAUAGCUGGCAAUCGAUUAAUUGUAUCAUGUCAUGAAAUGUUUGGUAAUUCAAUUGGUCAUAUUAAAGGUUAUGAUCCAGAUUUAGGUAUAAAUGGUACAAUUCUAUAUAAUUUAAUGAUAACAACUUCACAUAUAAAACAAUCAUUAUUUUAUUUAGAUAAUAAUUCUGGUGAAUUAUUUGUUAAUACUAAUCAAUUAAUUGAUUAUUGUGGUAAAAUUAUUACAUUAUUAAUAAUCAUUGAUGAUCAAGGUCCAAAAAUCAAUAAACAUUCGACAAUUGAACGUUUAUUGAUUCAAUUAGAUGAUAUACCAAUGAAAAUGAAAUUAUCAAUAGAAUAUAAUCAACAAUUUAAACAAAAAUGGGGAAUAAAUUCUAAUGGUAUAACAAAUUUAAAUGUAUUAACUAAUACUAAUAAUAAUAUGAAUAGUACAUUUACAAUUAAAACUAUGCUUAGUAUUACACUUGGAAGUUCAACUAUCUUUUUAAUUGGAUUAUUAAUGACAUCAAUUAUAUUAAUGAUUUAUAAUAAAUCAAAACAUAGAAAAUCUUUUUUUACAUUAAAAAAACUACAUUUCAAAGAUAAUACUAUUUAUAGUCAACAUAGUAACAAUGGUAAUAAUAAUAAUAAUACAACAAAUGAAGAUUUAAUCUGUAUUGAUUGUAAACAGGGGGGAUUUAAUAAAAUGUUAUUCCCUACUGCUACUACUAAUAAUAAUGAUAAUAAUAAUGAUAAUCAACAUUCAAAUGAAUAUAUCACAGAAACAACUGAACAUUAUCCAACUUGUAUGUUGAAACCGAAAUUGAUCAGUGAAGAUGUAUUUUCUACUGCUGUUGCUGCUGAUGAUAAUGAUGAUGAUGAUAAUAAUGUUCACCAACAUUACCAUCUACAUCAUGGUCAUACUGAACAAGGUAAUGUUCAAAUUCAUUCACAUUUAUAUAAUCCAUAUACAACUCAUACUUCUAUUGGAUUACAUCAUUGUGCUCAUGAUUCAAACAGUGUAAAUAUUCCACGAUUAAAAGAUAACAGUAAUAAUAAUAAUAAUGAUAAUAAACAUUAUACAUUUUAUUCAGGUGCUCAUCUGCCUAGUUUUUUAGCUACACAUUGUUUAGGUCAAUCAUCUUCAUUAUUAUCUACUCCAUCAUUAUCACCAUUACAACAAAAGAGAAAACAAUUACAAACUUCAUCAUCAUCAUCAUCACCAAUUGGUAUAGAAUGUCGACAAAAUUGUAUUGGAGAUCAAUCAAAGUAUAAUUCUAAUUUAAUUGUUGAUCAUAGAAAUAAUUGUAUGAUAACACCAGGUUGUUUUAUAUCGAAUUGUGCAGAAACAGAAUUGCCCACAUUAAAAACAUUCAUACAACGACAACAACAACAACAACGAAAUGAUCGAAUAGCGCCAAUCCCAGUAAAAUUAAAUAUUCAAUCACAUUGUGAUAAUAAUCAAGGAAGAUUGAAUGAAAGUCAGCAAAUAUUUGAAGACAAUGAUAAAUAUAAUAUUACACAAGAUUAUCAACGGAUAAAUAAAUGUGGUUAUGAAAAACCUCCUCUAGAUCUUCAUGAAAAAUCCAGUCCUAUCAAACGAAUACCAAAAAAUGUCAGUUUUAUACCAUCUAUGCCAUGUUUUGACAAUUAUCCUUUAAAAAAGACACUAGAUAGUAAUAAUAAUGAACACCUUAUGAAUAGUUCUAUACUAAGAUCAUCAUCUGGUAACUAUGAAAUCUGUGAUCGCCAACAUCUUUAUCAAUUUAAAUCACAUCCAAAUAUUUUAGCUUAUACUACUGGUGUCACAAUAGAUGAUCUACAUUUAAAUGAUACAAAACAUAAUUCACCAACUAGUCAACCUAUAAAUCCACAAUUAUCUAUAUAUAAUAAAAGAAAUUUUCUUUAUAAACAAAAUCAAUUGCCUCCUCAUCCUCCUCAUCCUUCUCCUCCUCUGCCACCAUUCUCACAUCGAUUUUUAACACCACCAUGUACAAGAAAGUUGGCAAUACAAUCAAAUUGUAAUAUAAAUUCAUUAUUAGGAAAUAAUAGAAAUGAUGAUUACACCAUGUUUUCAAAAGAGAAACAAUGUCAUUGUACAUUACCAACUAUGAAUAAGCUACCUAAUUCAUCAAAAUGUACAGAUUUAGGAUUAUUAUUUCAUACAGGAAAUCAAACUACUACCGGGAACAAUAAUGAUGAUUCUACUAUUGAUCAUGUCAAUCAAGAAAGAAGAACUAUUCAUAAUCAUGAUCAUUAUUUAAAAGAAACAUCCAAUGUUUCAUGCUGUGAUUAUAUGAGUAAUUAUGAAUCAGAAAUAUGUACACAAUGUCAAUUAAUCAAUUUAAGAAAUAGUCCAACACCACCUAUUCAUGAAAUUAUACCCCAUUCAUCAAAUGAUUGUUCUAUGAUAACUACAUGUAAUACAGAUCCAAUUCAUACUACUCAUUCAAUUAUAAGUAGUAGUGAUUUAUUAUAUUGUACAAAUAAUCAUUGUCCAUUGUUUAAUGAUAUGAAUGAAAAAAAUGAUCAACAUAAUGAAUAUAUGCAUCAUUUAGAUUAUUCAACAAAUUCUUUAACAACUAUACAAGAUAUGUUUAAUUCAUGUGUAUAAUAUGAGUUUUACAUUAAUUUGAAAUGAGUGAAUUCAUUUUGAGAAAUGUUAUGUUGAUGAGUGUAUACUUGUCUACACUAUCUAGGUAAUCAUCAUUAUUAUAUCUGUUCAUGGGGAAGCAAUAAACGAUGACAAUAAUUUGGCACAGUUAUAUAUUCAAAAUGAAAAUUAUUGAAUAGGUGCCUUGAGAAAUUCAUAUCUGUAUUCAUAUACUACUUAAAAAGAAACAUAUUACAGUAAAUAAUUGUGAAAUUUUACUUUUUUGUUUAUAUAUAGAAUUUAAUUUCUAAAAAAAGGAGGAGUUUUGAUAUCUUACUCCUUUCGGAGGUCCUAAAUUCCGUUGAUUUGUUGUCUUCCUAUAUAUAUAUGUAAACUAUUCACUUACUUGUAAAUGGUUACAAAUUUUCGGGAUAGUUUUGUAACAUUAUUAUAUAACGGGUUUAUGAAGAUUAUUGAAUGUUGUAGUUCAGAUCACUGACUUGAUUUUAAAUAAACAACUAAUGAAAACUCGGGUGACAUGGAAAUUUGAUCUGUCAUAGUGUGGUGCGCGCUACUUGCAUUGAUAUAAGUAGUAUUUGAUGUGAGUCAGGAAUGUAAUGUUUGGCAGUAGAAGAUGGGGAAGAUCAAGAAAGGAAGAGCGGGAAUGGACAGCAAAUAGUAUGAAAAUGCAAGAACAAUGAAGUUCGAGACAAUUACUGAACAUUUUGCAGAUUAAGUAUUAUAGUAUGGUUUUUUUUAAUUUUACCAAGUAACUCUGUAAUUUUGUGGUAAAUAUAAUUCGAUUGUCCCCA